GUUUUGGUCUUGAUUGCAGGCUCUAGCAGCUCUCACUACUGGCGGAUGAAGCGAGCAAGACGGGACUGGCGUUGCUGAAGUGACUGCGAUAUAAAAUGGCGACCCACCGGUCCUCGUCUCAGGAGUCCACGCGGACGACGUCCAGCGCAAGCUCGUCUCUGGACAGACGCUUCGACUCCAGUGCACAACUCAUACUCAUCCGAGACGAGUCUACGGACUCCGAAGAAGACACACCGACUCACGUUCCGGGAGACGGCGGAGAUGAUGAAGACUACGACGACGAGUUCGAGGACGAGCUCUUCCCGUCGAUAGACCACCUCCGUUCAUCCCCGAUUCCGGAUUUGCCUCCAACCCUGGUCUUUUUGUACAUGCUCGCGCCAUGUCUAAAACUCGGGGCGCUAUUGGUCAGCAACGUCGACUACCCAUUGCAAUGGGCCAUCCCAAUGCUGGCGUUCUUUGCCGUGUUAUCGGCGUUCGCGCGGCACCUAUGGUACAUGCUGGCGAGAUAUGUACGGAAAGCGAACAUGGAGGAUAUCGUUCUAGACACCUUCGCGAGGGAUCGGAGAAAGGAGCGAAGGAGGGAGAUUAUCCGUACUAUCGUGAGAUGUACCACUGGUGUUACGCGGAUAUGCACCAUGUUGUUGUAUUAUCGAGUGACGGUCCAAGUUCUGUCACCUCAGUUACCCGAGAAGGUCUGGAUACUGCCUACAGGACCCGUGCUGAGCACGAUCCUCGCCGUUGUCCUACUUCCGCUCAGCAUGGCACCGUCCCUCGCAAGCCGAAGAGUCGUAUUCUCCACAACGGCGUCAUUGCUGGCAUUCGUCGGAUGGAUCGUUUGCGUCGCCUACGCAUAUGCGACCGGCACGUUACCGCACCCUGCAGUGGUGCCUAACCUGGGGAGUCUCUGGGAGAGUCCAACGAUAUUCGCCCUUGCAUUCACAACGUCGUGGACGCUGCCGUUGUAUACGGCGUUGAAGCGCACACCGUCUGUUACUAUCACCGGCGGAAGCAAGACGUGGCGCUCGUUCCGGCUUCUCUCGAUUUUCUCCAUCGCGCUUGCAGUUGCGUUGAUUCUUCCACUGUUGUUCUUUGGGCCAUCCGCGCCACCCGCAUCCGACCCGCAGCCUCUCCUCGCGUUCCUCGCCGCCGCAACUCUCUUCCUAGGCAUCCCGGCGGUGUUCGUCACCACACCACUGUUCCCUAUCCCCCUCACCCUUCGCAAGAACACGAACAUCCCUUUUGCCAAAAUCGUGCUUUACCUCGUGGUAGUGUCCAGCGCAUUUUUCCCCAACUCCCUCGUCUCGGUCGUCAGCGACGUCCUCAUGGUCUUCGCCCUCUCGAACGCGUACUUCGCACCAGCUUUCAUCCACAUCGUGACGCACACCUUCAAACGGCCCAUCGCCAUCGUGAUGCCGCGCACGCCGCUCCGGUCCGCGAGCCAUCCGAGUUUCUCCGCCCAGGGCGACGAGAUGAUGGAAGAGCUCCUCCGGCGCAAGGAGCGAAGCCUGCAGAAGCGGCGACUGCUCCGGCGCAUCGCGUGGGACGUCGGCGUGUGGGUGCUCCUCCUCCCCGUGGGCGGAGGCGGCUACGUCUGGGCCGUGGGCCGGCUCGCGGGCAAGUGGUGACAGGACAUCAGGAAAAAUCGGAGUAUCGAAAGAGUCGCUUAUUGGGUACCGAAACCCCCUAAAGCUACUAAAUGAGCACGUUUUAGGAGGUUUUAGGAGGUGUUUAGCAAAUCCGGUUUUUCCUGAUGGACGGGUUUCCUUGUCGGACACUAUACACACCAUUCUUCACUACCAAGUUCUUGCCGUCUCGUUUCUUCCUUUUCUUUCUUCCUUUUGUGUUUGGAUCGUCAUCGCCCUCGUCUUGUAGUAUUAACUCGAACACUUCAAAAUGUAUUCUCCACCAACCUAUGUCUAUAGUCCC